UUUUUUGACAGACUGACAGCCAGCAUGAAAAUUUAGUUUCGUGUUUGUCUAAAAUUUCUUAUUGUCUUAAUAACUUAUUAGUCUUGAUUGAAGUUAGUAUCAAAAUAUCAAAAAAUGGCUCCGGUUGAACAAGAUGUUGAAAUGAAAAAUGCAGAUAGUCCAGCUGGAGUGAGCGAUGUAGAAAUGAGUGAAGUGAAGAAAGAUGCUGAUGUACUAUCUGUUCAAGACCUACGGGAACAUGUCAGACAAAUUGAUAAGGCAGUUUCAUCGAAGGAACCGAGAUUUGCUAUGCGAGUAUUACGAUCUAUUCCAAGUACAAGGAGGAAGCUAAAUGGCAAUGUUUUGCGUGCCAUAAUAAAUCAACUGUUUCCAUCGAAUUCAGACAAAGAAGCUCUACUUUCGUUUGUGGAGAGUCCUGUCCCGGGUGCCGUAGAAAUUGAAGCGCCUCGCUCGAGAAGUGCUCCGAAAACGCCUGCUCCUGAGGUAGAUGCUUAUGUGCAUCUUUUAAUAUUGUUGCGAUUGUUAGACACAAACAAACUUGAAGAAGCGACAGAGUGUUCUCAACAAUUAAUGAACAAAGUGACCGCUCAGAAUAGAAGAACUCUUGAUUUGAUUGCUGCCAAGUGCUACUUCUAUCACUCUCGAGUUUUUGAACUCACUAACAAGUUAGAUUUGAUAAGAGGAUUACUCCAUGGGCGCUUGCGUACAUCUACUCUUCGUAAUGAUUAUGAGGGACAAGCAGUUUUAAUUAACUGCCUCUUACGUAAUUACCUCCAUUAUUCUUUAUAUGAACAGGCUGAUAAAUUGGUCAGCAAGUCUGUGUUCCCUGAGAAUGCCAGUAACAAUGAGUGGGCAAGAUUUCUGUAUUAUCUUGGGAGAAUUAAGGCAGCUAGGCUUGAGUACAGUGAUGCUCACAAGCACUUAGUUCAAGCAUUAAGAAAAGCUCCACAGACUGCUGCAGUUGGUUUUCGUCAAACUGUGCAGAAAUUGGCUAUUGUUGUAGAGCUGUUGCUGGGAGACAUACCUGAACGUGCUAUAUUCCGUCAAGCGCAACUAAGAAAAGCAUUGGCUCCUUACUUCCAGCUAACUCAAGCUGUGAGGCUGGGUAACUUACAGAGGUUUGGAGAAGUACUUGAGAAUUAUGGCCCUCAAUUUCGAACGGAUCAUACUUUUACAUUGAUAUUGAGGCUAAGGCAGAAUGUAAUUAAGACAGCAAUCCGUUCAAUUGGUCUAUCAUAUUCACGCAUAUCACCCAAAGAUAUUGCAAGGAAGCUCGGCUUGGACUCUGCCGAGGAUGCUGAAUUUAUUGUUGCAAAAGCAAUCAGGGAUGGUGUGAUUGAGGCUACUCUUGACCCUGAAAAGGGAUACAUGAGCAACAAAGAGAGCUCUGACUUGUAUUGCACAAGGGAACCCCAGCUGGCGUUCCACCAGAGAAUUUCAUUCUGUUUGGAUUUACACAACCAGAGUGUGAAGGCCAUGAGAUAUCCUCCUAAGUCUUAUGGAAAGGAGUUGGAAAGUGCUGAAGAGCGCAGAGAAAGAGAACAACAAGAUCUUGAACUUGCCAAGGAAAUGGCAGAGGAGGAUGAUGAUGGUUUCCCUUAAAUUUUUCACAUUAUAUUUGCACUGUUUGUAAUAAAGAUGCAAAUAUUAAAU